CGGCCAACAUCAGGAGUUGAGGGGAGUCAGUGAGCGCUGUUCUUUUCCAGUAUGUGCAGGUUUUUUUGUUUUUCCUCGGGCGCGGAUUAUUACUCCGGGAAACCUCGGCCUCUAAUGGGGAGCAGCUGCAUUAACUAGUGAACAGACUUCCAUUAACUGUUUUUCUUUGCCGCCAGCCAGGUCACUGAGUGCGCACACACUGUGGUAGGCUCCCUGUUUAGUGGCACUUUUUUUCUCCUCUUCUAAUAGAGAAACCGGAUCACGUGAACAGGUGGCGUUAUCUUUCCCUUAAAAGCCCCGAGGAAGUUAGAGAGGAAAGAAGAGGGUAAGGACUGCAAGAAUUCAAUUUCAGCUCAAAAUUCAGCUGGAUUUUGUUGAACUCAACUAUCAACAACACCUUUACUAUUACUAUUAUUACUAUUACUACUACUACUACUACUAUUACUACUAUUAUUAUCAUUACUAUUACUCUGCAGUUUGUUAGAUCUUUUCCGCUGCUGUUUUGUGAUGAAGCUGUAGAUGAAGGGACAACGAGACACUUGACAAACUGCUUUGGUAUGGCUGCCGGAGUGUUAACUGGCCUGGGCCAGGAUGUGGUUUGCAGCCAGUGGGUACAACCACAAAACAGCAGCAGCUCCCAAGCUCAGGGUUGACUUGUCACAGACACUCCCUCAUCAAAUGACUCUGUCUUGACUCACACAGGAGUCACAAAGGUGCUGCAGGCAACAGCAUGGGCAACUCCUCCAGGAAGGGAGGGGGAGAAGAAGAGGAGGAAGAGGGGGGGAAAGAUGGCGAAGAGGCAGAAUUUUCCGAGAAGGAGAAGGAAGUAGUGCAGGAAGUAGAGGAGGAACUUCCGCUUGGAGUGGAGGAGUUGCUGGAGAGUGGAGACCCCGUGUUGGACUUGAGCUACCGUAAAUUUAAGCGUUUGCCUUCACGUGUUUGUGACCUGAUGCAUCUGGAGAAGCUUUAUGUUUGUGGAAACAGCCUGCGCACCCUGCCCGACAGCAUCUCCCAGCUGCAGGGUCUGCGGAUACUUGCCCUCGACUUCAACAAAAUAGAAGAUGUUCCUCUGGCCGUGUGCGACCUCACUAACCUCACCCGCCUCUAUUUGGGCAGCAACCGCCUAAUGAGCUUUCCACCUGAGCUGAGCAACCUGCAGAAUCUGCGGUGCUUGUGGAUGGAGAGCAACUACUUCCAGAGAUUCCCACGAGUGCUCUAUGACUUACCCAACCUCAAGUCCCUGCAGAUGGGGGACAACCGCCUGAAGACUCUGCCUCCUGACUUGUGGCGCAUGGAGGCUCUGAGGGGAUUGUGGCUCUACGGAAACCGCUUUGACACCUUCCCAAAAGUCCUUCUUCGAAUGAAGUCCUUGGAGAUCCUAGACCUGGACCGCAACAAGAUAUCAGAAAUUCCCAGCCUGAAGCGUCUUAGAGCCCUGCGCCUUUUCUCCUAUGACCACAACCCAGUCAAGGAACCUCCUAUAGUAGGUGAAGACGCCGUCUUGGUUGGGGAGGGAGCUGCAGAGUUUUUGGAGGUGCGUGAGGCCAGGAAGGAGAGACGACGAAAGGAAGCAGAGAAAGAGGCAGAAGAGCUGGCACUUGCAGGAGAGGAGCCGGUGAUUCAUGGCAUCCUCAAGAACAGCAGCUCAAAGCAAGCACCAAAUGAAGCUGCAGUGACCAUAGAGGACACAGAUGUUAAAGAGGAAGAGCUUCUGGUGAAGGAGGAAGAAGUGGAGGAUGAAGUGGAGGAAGAGGAAGGAGGGUAUGUGGAGCCUCCAAUAAACGAGUAUGGCGGGACUGAGCUCGAAUAUGACGAAGAGGCGGUCGAAUAUGAGACAGAGGAGCUGAUAUGUGAGGGAGAAGGGUUUGAGUUUGAGGGAGAGGAGCUAGAGUAUGAGAGGGCUGAGAUGGACUAUGAGGAUGUGGAGGAGUUGGAUGACACAGGGAGACAAGAUGAAGGGGCGUGAAAGGCCCCUCCAAGAUCCAGAUGUUCUGCAGGACAAGCUGGACAUGAAUGACAGGAAAUCCUGCAGAUACAGUUGAUGUUUUGGGACUUUUUUGUGUAGCUGUGCUGCUAAUUUAAAACCUGUUGUUUGCUGUGAAUAUAAAUGAGCCGGGCAUUAUGUGUCUAAAAAUUAACAACAUCUCACUCAUCUCCAUGUGAUCAGAUCAGAGCUGGACUCAGGUAAAGAGAGUGUGUGUGUGUGUACAGUGUGUGUAGUUGUUUUACAAUAAAACUACUUGCAGUGGGCAUAGGAGACCAAGUUUCCCGUUAUUAAAUAAUUACCCGUCUGAUUAUGUCAGUCACUUGUGGGAAUAUAUUUCUUAAUUGUGAAGCGGUGAAACCACUAGCCG